UCUUUCAUCUGUCUUUUAACAAUCUAAUACCCUCUUCAGGGUCACCCUGUUGUACACCUGUCCCCUACUGUGUACUGCUUCCUGCAUUGGCCAUGACUGGGUGGAGCUGCCUGGUGACAGGAGCCGGAGGAUUUCUGGGCCAGAGGAUCAUCAGCUUGUUGGUGCAGGAGAAGGAGCUGCAGGAGGUCACGGCCCUGGACAAGGCUUUCAGACCAGAAAUCAAGGAGAAAUUGUCUAAGUUGCAGACAAAGACCAAGGUGACAUUGGUGGAAGGAGACAUUCUGGAUGCCCAGUGCCUGAGGAGAGCCUGCCAGGGCAUCUUGGUUGUCAUCCACACAGCUGCUCUUGUUGAUAUCUGGAAUAUCCAUUCCAGACAGACUAUCAUAGACGUCAAUCUGAAAGGAACCCAGCUCCUGUUGGAUGCCUGCAUCCAAGCUAGUGUGCCAUUCUUCAUCUACACCAGCUCAGUAGAAGUAGCAGGACCCAACUCCUACAAGGAGAUMGUCCAGAAUGGCCACGAGGAAGAGCAUCAUGAAACUAUAUGGACGGCUUCAUACCCCUACAGCAAGAAGCUGGCUGAGAAGGCUGUGCUGGCAGCUAAUGGGAGCACUCUGAAAAAUGGGGACACYUUGUGGACUUGUUCCUUAAGGCCCAUGUACAUCUAUGGGGAAGGAAGCCCUGUACUUUCUGGAAUUGUGAAUAGGGCCCUCAGGAACAAUGGAGUCCUAGAAAAUACAGGAAAGUUCUCUGUAGCUAACCCGGUCUAUGUGGGCAACGCGGCCUGGGCACACAUUCUGGCCUGCAGGGCUCUGAGGGACCCCAAGAAGGCCGCGAGCAUCCGAGGACAGUUCUACUACAUCUCAGAUGACACACCCCACCAAAGCUAUGAUAAAUUGAAUUCCACCAUGAGCAAAGCAGGUGGCRUCUGUCUUGAUUCCAGGCAGGGCCCUCCUCUCUUUCUGAUGUACUGGCUUGCCUUCCUGCUAGAGAUAGUGAGCUUCUUGCUGAGUCCCAUUCACCAGUAUCGACCCCCGUUUACUCGCCACCUGCUGACAUUGUCAAAUAGUGUAUUCACCUUCUCCUACAAGAAAGCUCAACAAGAUCUGGGGUAUAGGCCCUUAUAUAGCUGGGAAGAAGCAAAACAGAAAACCAUGGGGUGGGUCACUUCCCUGAUAGAGGAGCACAGGGAAACYAUGAAGACCAAGUCUAAGUGACGUGGCAAUGACAGGGAUACAGACAUGGGCGCUGUCAGGAGCUGUCUGUCAGGUGCUUACUCCUGGUUUCUUCCAGAAGCUGAGAAGCCCAAGUCCAAUAGCCUCCCUUUCACACAAUGGCCAAGUUAGUCUCUUCCUCAGAAAACUUCCCAGUUACUGGUCCAACCAAAAGCUUUCUGCCUUAAUUUCUGAGGAAAUUAAGCUGCUUUGCUUAACCUGCUGUUAUCAGUUUCUGUUGCCAGUUUGGGACUGUUUGGGACAUCUUAUAACUUAGAGUUUUGUCUCUUGGUUCCAUUAUCUUGCUCCUAGGCUAAAGUCUUCCUUUUCUUUGGAAAACUCCUGUUCUUUCACAAACUCAA